GCGGUUGCCCUCUUCGCCCGACUGGCGGGGCGCUGCCCCCGAUGUCCGCCCGGAGCCCCCCGCAGCAGCACCCCCUGCGGCCCCCCUAUCCUCCUCAUCCUCUGCACUCAGCCCCGCCCCCUCAAACUUCGGGGAGGGCUCCAGGGGGGCGGUGGCGGCACCCUCGGCCCCACCCCUGGCAACGACAUCGGCCACCACGUCGGAGGGGCCCGAGCCCAAGGAAGGGCCGGUGGUCAAGAAGGUGAAGGUCCGCCCCCCUCCGCUGAAGAAGACCUUUGACUCGGUGGACAAGGUCCUCUCGGAGGUGGACUUUGAGGAGCGUUUUGCGGAGCUGCCCGAGUUCAAGCCGGAAGAGGUGCUGCCCUCCCCGACCCUGCAGUCUCUGGCCACCUCCCCCCGCGCCAUCCUGGGCAGUUACCGCAAGAAGCGCAAGAACUCCACAGACCUGGACUCCUCCACCGAAGACCCCAUUUCCCCCAAGAGGAAGAUGCGGCGGCGCUCCAGCUGCAGCUCGGAGCCCAACACGCCCAAGAGCGCCAAGUGCGAGGGAGACAUCUUCACCUUCGACAAGACAGGGACCGACGGGGAGGACGUCCUCGGGGAGCUGGAGUACGAGAAGGUGCCGUACUCCUCUCUGCGGCGCACGCUUGACCAGCGGAGAGCCCUCGUCAUGCAGCUCUUCCAGGACCACGGCUUCUUCCCGUCAGCCCAGGCCACAGCCGCCUUCCAGGCCCGCUACUCGGACAUCUUCCCCACCAAGGUCUGCCUGCAGCUCAAGAUCCGGGAGGUGCGGCAGAAGAUCAUGCAGGCGGCCACCCCCACCGAGACUGUGCCCCCCACAACCCCGGAGCCCAUCGGGGGCCCCGAGGGACCCUCCCUGGAUGCCCCCUCCCAGGACCCGGGGACCUCAGCAGUGGAGACCAUGGCGGUGGCGGUGCUAGUGGCGACAUCAUCAUCCUCCUCGGGAGGGCCUUCCGCGGCCCCCAGCUCCAGUUGGGAAGGGGCCCCACAGGCCUCCCCCGGGCCUGGCAGCAGUGGCAGAUGAGCGACAGAGGGCUGCGCAGAGGACAGAAGAGGGGGAGGGCCCUGGAGCAUCGCCCCCAUUUCCGCCCCUUCCUGGCUGUGCUACUGAGGGCCCAGCACACCCUUCCGCGGACCGCUCACCCCCCGAUACCCAAGGACCCCAAAAGGUGGCGGUGGCGGCUGAAGGGGGGCCCAGCCACCCCAGGACAUGCAGACCGAGGUCUGCCCCAAAAGACCCCCCAGAGGACCGCUUCUCUUUUCGAGUCCCUCUCCUUUUAAUAACGUUAAGUAUUUUGGGGUCCCGCAUACGCAUCUGCUUCUGUAUCGAGACAUGGGGUGGGAGGGGGUCCGUGGCCAGCCUGGCCCUUGUGGAGGAGGAGGAGGCGGUGGCCCCUGGAGCGAGGGAGGCCCUUCUGCAAGGGGCCCCUGUUGCCUUGGCCGGUGGGCCCUCUGGGCAGAGAGCAAGAGAGACUUGGGGCUCGGCCGGCGGACUCUGGAGGCGGAGCGAGUGAGUGAGCGAGCGAGUGCGUGCCCUGGUGGCCAGAGCCACAUGUUGACCAUGUGUACCCCUCCCUCCUCCUCCUCCUCCUCAGCAGCAGCAGCAUCGGGGUGGCCCUGCCUCACCUGCUAUUAAAGCUCUUUAACAACCCGC